UACAAUCCUUUCCACUUAACGGCUAGUUUAUGUGAAUGUUCCUUCAUCAAUCAUCUUGUCUGAGCUAAAAAAGACAGGCAGGCACCAAAUUAGACACUACUCUUUCUCUCUUUCUCUCUUUCUCGCUCUGUGUUCCUCUCUCCUGUGAAUCCCUAAUUUUUAUUGAUAAUAUUAGUGUAAAUGGAGGCAUUCGAGCAUAUGAUAGUGGACGAGUUUACCGAAGAAGACUUCUACGAGACGAUAGAAGCUCCAAAGUUCGUAGACCUCACCGCACCAGAUCAUCGCCCUGAAGGAGAUGAUCGUUACUGGUUCUGUUCCAGAGUUGGAUGUGAUCAGAAGCAUGAAGAGUUCAUGGAUUCGGAAGCAAUCUACCAAAAAUUCGUUCUUCGGGUCAUGGCAGCUAGGAGUCCAAGUGUUCGUCUUCGAAAAGCUCUUUACAGAAAAGAUUUCAGUGUUGAUCCUAAAUGUCCAAACACGGUUCCUGCAAAGCCAUCGAGAUCACGCGUUUCUAGAUUGGCUAUGAUCUCGGCAAUACCUCAGAAGGGUAAUGGUAAUGUCAUCAGGUCAAAGGAAGUAAAAGUAGUUCCCACAAAGAAGAAUGUAACUCCAAAGGCAAAGGUGUCCUCAGUGAUCUCAUCAGUUCCUCAGAAGGCGUUAACUGAGAGAAAGAAGCAAAUGAAGAGUCCAGCCGCUUUUAGGAGUGUACAAAACCCGAGAAAUGCAACAACCAAGGUGUCAGAAAACAGAGUUGUUGCAAAGGCUUUGGUGUUUCAAUCACCAAAGAAGUUGGUGAAACUGAAGAGAUCUGUGGAGCUUAGUUCCUCGGUGAAGAAGUUGUGUAAUGGGAUGCGGAAGCUUGAGAUUGAGAACAAAAGUAACGGUUUAGGGGUUAAUCAUAAGGUUGUGAGUUCAGUUCCAUCUAGAAGACCGCUAAAGACACGAGAGGUGAAGAGCCGAGUGUUUGAUUCUGUGCGGUCACAGAAACAGAACGAUUCGAAUACCAAAGGUGUCAGUACUUUGAAGAAGAGGGUUAAGAAAAAGGAAGAGCCUGUACUUUCCUCUGAUGCUUCUAAAGCUCAUGAGGCUAAUGGCAAGGAACUUGAGAAUCAGUCGUUGCCAGGAACUGAAAAAACUAGUGGAGAUGAAGAGCUCGUGGUCCAAAACAAAUCUGAAGAAUUGUCAGACACAUUGAAGGCUAACAUGAACAACCAACUCCAGGCCACAGAAGAUCCUGCUGUGGUAAAGGAGAGUGCAGAGAUUGAAGAAAAGGAGAAUGCAUUAGCUUUGGAGUGUGAGGACAAAGAGAAUGCUACUAUUGCAGCGGCUGUCGAUAGAGAAGAUAUUUCUGUAAUAAAGGUGAGUGGACUGAACAAAGCAAAGCAUUGUGAGACUGUGGAGACUGAAGACAAGGAAAAUGCAUUACCAUUGGAGUGUGAGAACAAAGAAAAUGCUACUAAUGCGACAGACGUUGAUAGAGAAGGCGAUGAUAAGGAAAAUUCUUCAGCCUUGGACAAUAACAGAAAAGUCGACCAAGCUACCUACCCUUUGUUGAAAAAGAAAGUCUUUGGCAAGAAAGAAAAUUGUAAAACUACUCAAAAGGUUAUGACAGUAGCAGAUAAAUGUUUCAAUGGCAAGACUGUUUCGGCUGGUACUCGUGUGAAGUAUACAAAACCUAAGCUCACGAAUCCAAAGCCUUUUCGACUUCGAACUGAUGAAAGACAAAUUCUCAAGGAAGCACACACGGAGAAGAAACCACAGUGUACUACUCUUGCCAAAGAAGAAACUGCAAGCAUUAUGGGGUUCCAUAGUGAAAACUUGGGUCCAAAACAUCAUCCUGUUCGAGUAGAGAAGAACACAACUUCCCAGCUAAAAGCUCCAAGAGGAACAUCCACAACACUUGUCUCUGAGAACAUGAUUAAUAGCAAGAGGGUUGCAUUAGGUAGAAAGAAGCAAGUAGCAAGGAAAGGAAUUGAAACCGUGGAGGAAACCUCACAGAUGAAUGGAGAAUCUAAAGAAGUUGCAGUCAUCAACAAACCUUCUGUUUGUGUUCUUGCUUCAGGGGAGAAAAGACCUGCAACUGUCCCAAAGGGACCAAACUUCCAUAGUAUUCAUCUCCCUAAGAGCUGUACAAAGAGAUUGGCAUCACAAGCCUAAGGUCGGCUUUUUAAAAAUGUUUGCAGUUUGAGUCACACGGGAGUCUUGUAAGUUUGGUUGAUCUUUGAUGAUUAACAGAAGUGAGAUUGUGUUGUUGUCUAUAAUUGAACACUUGCUCAGUUUCCAGAUUAAUCAAUACAAAAAAUGUUUAAGCUAA